AUGGCAGGUGUAGACGCGGGCCGCUUCGAGACUGACACGAAGAGCUCUUCGAAGCCAGGCCAUGCGCAUGCGGUGUAUUGGUCCAAGCGCUACCAGGAAAAGGCGUUCGAGCCGUUUGACUGGUAUUUGAAGUGGGAGCACCUGAAGGAGCUCCUAUCAAGCUGGCUGUCAUCAGAGUCAGUUGUGCUGAUCGCCGGAUGCGGCACAAGCCUCGUGGCAGAGCAGAUGCUGUCAGAAGGUUUGGCGUCCAAGAUCACCUGUGUCGAUCAGUGCGCCGAGCUGAUUGCCUCCCUCCGCGAGAAAUACAAAGACAAGGCUGCGAUGGAAUUCGAAGUUGCGGAUGCCUCCAACUUGCCGCAGGAUUGGUCCGACCGAUUUGACCUCGUGCUAGACAAAGCUUUGCUGGACACAGUGGUCGCUGGAAGGCAAGGUUGGGCCUCCGCAGAAGGCGUCCUGCAGUCGCUGAUGGCCACCUUGAAAAGCUCCGGGCGAUAUGUCUGUGUAUCGCAUGCCCGGCCGGCGCAAAGACUACCACUAUUGUCAGCCGUCGUGCAGGACAAGAGGCGGGAAAUCUCAUGCCACCAGGUUGCCCGACCUUUGGAUCCUCCGCCAGAUCCCAAAGCAAAAACUGGGAAGGCUGCAAAAGGAGCCCCGGACCCAUCAAGCAUGCAAGCUGCCGCAACUGACCAGAAAGAUAAUGUGUACCACAUCUACUGCUGUGAGUGCCAAGCUGAAGCGCCAGAGCCGCCGCCACAGCCCGCAGAAGAGACAACUCCUCCUGAGGAGUAG